GAGACUCAGGGCGAGGACAGCAUACUAUAUAAUUUGCCCAAUCUCUCAUUGAGAGAGAGUGGGCAUGUGGAGGAGUACAACACUGAAAUCCCAAAGCUCAGGUCCCGACUUUGCCACUACUUAUUUUCCUCAAUAGAUCGAACUAGGAAGUGCAGUCAGUGCUGGUGUGUGAUUGCAGCCAAAGACCGGGUGCAGUGCCAGAAAUGUGGUGCAUACAAGCACAUGCGUUGUUCAAAGUCUGUUUGUGGCAUCUGUAUCUUCUGUGAGACACAGUGCAGCACAGCAGAGGGAAAGGAGUUGUGCAGCAUAGUAGGUGGCUAUACAGGAGGAGCAAUAGAAGUAGCCAGCGAAGAAUGUCAUCAGGGAAAGCAUCAGGCAGCGAAUGAGAAAGGAAAAGUUCCUAAGGGAGAGGACAUCUGCAGCAAACCGACAAGUAACAGUGAGAUAGGAGGACUGACAGUCAGAGAUGAAGGUACACAGACUGAAGACAAAGAAAAAGAAACAGAAGUAUACAGCACAAGUCUGAGUACAGAUAAUGCUGCUGCUGAUGAUGUUGACAGGAUCGAUGCAGAUACAGAAUUUCAAACUGAUUCAGAAGGAACUAGUACAGUUUACAGAGUGCAUGGUCGCUUAUCUGUACUAAGCUCAAAAAAGAAAACCUACACAAUAACAGAAGACGAGAUGAAGCGCAGAAUCCAAGCAGAGAACAUGUCAGUUCAUGUUUUCAGAGGUUUGAUUGGGGGCCGUAAAGCCAAACUGCCCGCAAUGAUUCUUGACAGGCCUAAGAAGGCCAAAACUAAAGUAACGGUGUUUAGUGUUCUGAGUGAAGAGGAGGCUGGGGAGCUAGCCCUCGGGUUUGCCGGAAGAUUGGCCUGCGAUGUCACAAGAGGCAUGGUCUGUAAAGGCAUUGACCAUUCAAGUGCUGAUUUGACAAAACAGACUCUUUGCAAAAUCCAACACAACCUAAAACAGGAACUGACUGAUUCCUCAACUUUUAGUUUGCUGACACACACCUUUGGCCCUGCUGCACUGGAUCCUGUCAUUUCUUUCCUGUGUGAAAAACUGGAUCUUGUCUCUUAAAUAAUGAAACCUUUUGUGACUUUUGUUUGUUCUGUAAAUCAGAAUCUUGAAAAUUGUUCACUGUUGUUUUAAGUUUAUAUUAAGUUAACUAUUUGGCAAAAAUGUUUGGUUCCUAAUCCAAACAGCAUAAUGACUGUUCUAACACAUAUCUUAAAAAUGCUACAAAGAAAGAAAAUUAUCACAUAUGUUUCAAUAUGAAUGUAAUUGUGUCACACUCGGUUUGUAGUAGCUUUCCUGUUUUAUUUUGUGAGUUUUGGUAUGUUUACACUGUUUGUCAUUUUUAUUUCCCUU